AUGGACCUAGACUUUGCAUUGACUGAACAGAAACCUGCUAAACCUACAACUACUAGCACUACUGAUGAAAAGGCUAAGUAUGAAAAAUGGAUGAAGACUAACAAAUUGAGUCUUAUGAUCAUGAAGAGAUCCAUUUCUGAUCACAUAAAAGGUGCAAUUAAGGAUAAUGGAAAUGCAAAAGAUUUUUUGAGUGCUAUUGGACAGAAAUUCCUAGAAUCUGAUAAAGCUGAGAUAGUUAGCCUAAUUAAUUCCUUGUCUACCAUAAAGUAUGACCUUGUAGGUAAUGUCCGUGAUCACAUUAUGAAAUUGGUUAACAUUGCUACCAAACUGAACAAUUUAGGUGUAACCAUUACCGAUGAUUUUCUUGUUCACCAAUCUCUAAUGUCCCUUCCUGAGCAGUUUAACCAACUUAAGACAACCUAUAAUGCACAAAAAGAUAAGUGGAGUAUUGAUGAGCUUAUUACUAUUUGUGUGGUAGAGGAAGUGAGGAUCCAAAAGGAGAAAGUUGAGGGUGUAGUGAACUUUGUUAGUUCGUCUAGAUCAGCUGACUAUCCCUCUUAUAAAAGAAAAGGUGGACCCAAAUUUCACAAAAAGAAACAUGGUCAUUCUCAACAUCCAGGUGGUAAUAGUGGUCAUCUCUAA